AUGGCUGAAGAGAAGCAGCACCACCACCUCUUCCACCGCCACAAAGACGAGGAGGAGGAGGAGAAACAUGCCUAUUCUGAGAACACCUAUGGCUCUGAUGUCACUGGUGACCGUUACAACACAACCGGUGGUGCUGACUAUUAUACCACUACUGGUGGUGGCUACAAUACCACUGUAGGUGGUGGUCGCUACAGUUCAGAUACUGCUGGUGGCGACUACAAUACAACCGCAGGUGGUGGCAGAUAUAAUACAGAGACUGCUGGUGGAGACUACAAUACAAUCGCUGGUGGUGAUUAUGAAAAACCAAGUGAUGAUUAUGAGAAAGAAAAGAAGGAACAUAAGCAUAAGGAACACCUCGGCGAGAUGGGGACUGUUGCUGCAGGGGCUUUUGCCUUGUACGAGAAGCACGAGGCUAAGAAAGAGCCCGAGCAUGCCCACAGGCACAAGAUAGAAGAAGGAAUAGCAGCAGCAGUCGGGGUUGGAUCGGGUGGAUAUGCUUUCCACGAGCAUCACGAGAAGGAGGAGGCCAAGGAUGAAGAAGACAGGGCAGAGGGAAAGAAGAAGCACCACUUCUUUUAA